UGUUCAUGCUUCUUAGCACAGACUUGAUGAUGUGGCAUAGUGGAACUGUUCAAGUAACUUUAAUAUCGAAGUUGUAAUUGGGAAGUUUAUCCACUCGACAUCCAGAAUCACAUCACGUAGCCUGCUGACUUCUAUUCAGAAGGAGGAUUUUCUAAAUGCUUGCAGUGAGGAUGAGAUUUAGAAGGUGUUGGACUCAGUUACAGAAUGUCCGAAGGGGAUAGCGUUGGAGAGUCUGUCCAUGGGAAACCUUCAGUGGUGUACAGAUUUUUCACAAGACUCGGACAGAUUUACCAGUCCUGGCUAGACAAGUCUACCCCUUACACAGCUGUGCGAUGGGUCGUGACGCUGGGCCUGAGCUUCAUCUAUAUGAUCAGAGUUUACCUGUUGCAGGGUUGGUACAUUGUGACCUAUGCCUUGGGAAUCUACCAUCUCAAUCUUUUUAUAGCUUUUCUUUCUCCCAAAGUGGAUCCUUCUUUAAUGGAAGAUUCAGAUGAUGGUCCUUCAUUACCAACCAAACAGAACGAAGAAUUUCGUCCCUUCAUUCGCAGGCUUCCAGAAUUUAAAUUUUGGCAUGCAGCUACGAAGGGCAUCCUUGUGGCUAUGAUCUGUACCUUCUUUGAUGCUUUCAACGUUCCUGUGUUUUGGCCGAUUCUGGUGAUGUACUUCAUCAUGCUUUUCUGUAUCACAAUGAAGAGGCAAAUAAAGCACAUGAUUAAAUACCGGUACAUACCAUUCACACAUGGGAAGAGGAAAUACAAAGGGAAGGAGGACGUGGGCAAGACAUUUGCUAGUUAGACGCUGGACUGAAUCUAUCAUACGUAUUUCAAGAACGGUUUUGAGCCAUUGUAACAAUGCCUUUUUUCUUCACAUAAAGUAGUUGAUUACGA